AUGGUGGCAGCUGAGGCACUGGUCUGUGCAUGCACGGUGGAGAUGCAGAUCGGCGACGCCGCCUUCUCGCUGACAAAGAUCCUGGAGGCCACGUCUGCAGUAUCGGCCCAAGUGGAGGAGCUUGCGACCAAAUGCUCGGAAAACGCCAGGUUUCUCAAAACGUGGCGGGACCUGCUCAAGGAGGGCUACGAUUCCCUGAAGCCCAGCGAGUAA